GGCCUUGGUUACUUCCUGCUUGUUCGUGUAGGAUGGAAUUGUUAAAACUGACGGCGUCGAUGCUAUCCUGAGUAGCUGUUUGUAUUCCAUGACCCGACGUCCCCCACCCCCCUCCCCAUUCUCGGUAUUUUACAAAUUACCUGAAAGAGUCGUGUCGUUCGUGUGGAGCAAAACGGGAAGUGAGCGGCUGUCCGCAACAGUAUUAUUUACUCGCAGCGGAUUGCAACCAUGAUGGCGUCGAGCUACAACGCUAAGGAAGAGGAUGGCCACCACUCAGGCCCUUCGAGUCACGGCGGCGCAGGGGCCGUGAAAAGCAAGAAGCCGGACAACACAGCAUUCAAACAACAGAGACUACCUGCUUGGCAGCCCAUCCUGACGGCUGGAACCGUGCUCCCUGCUUUCUUUGUCAUCGGUCUCAUCUUCAUCCCCAUUGGCAUCGGCCUAUAUGUUACGUCAAACAACAUUAAGGAGUUCGAGAUUGAUUACACCGGUGUGGAUGUGUCAAGCCCAUGCUUCAGCUGUGCCAAAAACUACAGCUGGAACAGCACAGCGUCCUGUUUGUGCUCUAUGUCUUUCACUUUGGAGCAACCUUUCGAGAGCAACGUCUUCAUGUACUACGGCUUAUCUAACUUCUAUCAGAACCACAGACGCUAUGUGAAAUCCAGGGAUGACAGCCAGCUGAAUGGGGACCGGUCUGCUUUGACGACUCCUAGCAAGGAAUGUGAGCCUUAUCGUACUAGCGAAGGCCAACCCAUUGCUCCUUGUGGGGCCAUAGCUAACAGCCUCUUCAAUGACACUCUAGUGCUCUAUCACAUCGACUCCAACGGCAACAAAAUCCAAAUCCCUCUGGUAAAGAAAGGCAUUGCUUGGUGGACAGACAAGCAUGUGAAGUUUAGGAAUCCUGGUGGAAACGACAACCUUACCAUCGCUUUUCAAGGUACUAACAAGCCGGUGAACUGGAGAAAGCCGGUAUUUGAGCUGGACCCAGACGACAAUGAAAACAACGGCUUCAUCAACGAGGACUUCAUUGUGUGGAUGCGCACGGCUGCCUUACCCACUUUCCGCAAGCUCUACAGGAUCAUCCAGAAAAAGUCGAGCUCAACCCCAACACUAGCUAGUGGCAGAUACGUCUUGGAUAUCACCUACAAUUACCCUGUCCUGAGUUUUGAUGGCCGCAAGCGAAUGAUCUUGAGCACCAUCUCCUGGAUGGGAGGGAAGAACCCUUUCCUGGGCAUCGCCUACAUCACCGUGGGCUCCAUUUGCUUCUUCCUGGGCGUGGUUCUGCUAAUCAUCCACCACAAAUAUGACUCCCGCAACAGCAGCGCAGAUAUUCCUAACUAGAUCCUGCCUGCACGCCGUCCAUUCUGGACUGCUUAACGGUUUUCGCGCGAAUACACUGGUUAUCUGUAAAUGUAUGUUUGUGCAAGAGCAGUCCUACGUUGUAUCAUGUAAAGCUUUGUUUGAAGGCAAAGUACAAUGCCCAAGUCUUGACGGCUUCCAGUUGGCUGCUGCAAAUGCCAUUUUCUGUUAUUUUUUUCAAUGUUCUAUUUAUCUUUACAUCAAAGUAUGUGUUGUAAGUUAGCAGAGCUUUACGAAUGGUUUAAUUAUUGAACGGCAUGUGUAUUGUAUGGCAGUUAUGUCCAUGUCGUGUACUAUAAAAUGUCCUGCUGAUGAAUGUACUAUAUUAUAUUUACGUACCUCUGAGAUGAUAUUGAAAAUUAGGAAGACCUUUUCCUUGUGCAGCAUAAAACUUUGCAAGCAUUAAUAUUAGUGCCCUCACAAUGACCAAUUAUGAAGUCUCAGCUCCAUUUCUUCCUUUUUGAAAUGUACAAAAACUGAUUAUUUAAGCAUGCAACAAACUUAACACUGCAAUGUUAACCAUGACUGAGCUUCCUGUCUGGAGGGUAAGUGAGAAGUUUUUUUGGUGGUAAAAAAAAAAAAUGGAUGGAGGUUUCACUUUUUCUUUGGUUUUCCACCCAUUUGAAGACACCUUGUUAAUGUGGAGUCACUUGUUUGAAUUUGAAUGUGGGGUUUUAUAAGGUUAAUAGGUUCCAAUUAAAUAAUUUAUGGAUGUC